AUGUCUUCUCCACCAGCAGCGCCGAGCAGUCCGCCUCAGGACAACUAUGGCCCUGACGAACAACUACGCAGCGAAGCAGCAGCAUCGCAGAACUCUCUACAACCCCCUACCGAUGGAACCACACAAUCACAACUUCCUCCAGCCUCUUCACCACUCUUCUUCCAAUCUUCGCCUGCAGCCAAUGCGGGCGCCGAUGGCAUGAGCUCGCCUAUGAGGGCUGAGUCCACACUACCGAGCGACGGCGACUCGUCCCCAAUCCGUUAUGCAUCCAGUUCCAGCGGAGCACCUUUGCCUACGGGUAACAGGACCAAUCAACUCAGAAGCGACAGCAGCGGCCUGUUUGUGCGUUCUCCCUACUCUGGAGGCCCCGUCGGUGCAGCCAACAGACGCCACGACAUUGAGUCAGACAUUCUUUCCGGUGGCGGUCGAAGGAGACUCUUCGUAGACGAGCAAGGAAGACCCACGCGCGAUGAAACAUCACACUCCGAUACUGCCACCUUCUCCAACGUCGAUCCUCACACCUCUGAAGCUAACAUUCUCGGAGGCCAUUCAACCAGAACUGUCUGGGGUACCAACAUCAGUGUCUCGGACACAUUGAGCACAUGUCAGAGCUUCUUCCGUGACUUCCAGAAGAAGUACCGCAUGCGCUACGAUGGGAAAGUCACAGACACUCAAAAUCUGCCUGCCGACCAUCCUGGAAACGAGAAGGUCUACAUGGACGCACUUGAGUUGAUGCUGGAUCUGGGAACAAGUCAGCUCAACUUGGACAUGGAGAACCUCAAAGCAUAUCCCUCAACGCAAAAGCUGUGGUAUCAGAUGCAGAAUUUCCCUGCCGAAAUCCUUCCCAUCUUCGAUCAGGCCUUGAAGGACACCAUGUACGAGCUGGCAGAGAAGCGCAUGUCAGAAAUGCGCAUUCCAUCACAACGUCAUCAAUCCGCUAGAGAUGACUCUGUCCCAGCCAUGCCCUCUUCAGAUAUCGAUGCUACCACACCGCGACCUACCCAGAACGAGAACAUUCCUGAUCUUAUCCAGGAAGUCGAGAGUCGCAUCUUCAGAAUCAGACCUUUCAACAUGGGCAAGACUAUCAACCUGCGCGACCUUAACCCGGGAGAUAUGGACAAGAUGGUCAGCGUCAAGGGUCUCGUCAUCAGAACCACACCUAUCAUUCCCGACAUGAGAGAAGCCUUUUUCCGAUGCUCUGUAUGUCACCAUACUGUCAAGGUCGAUAUCGAUCGUGGCAAGAUCGCCGAGCCUACUGUCUGCCCUCGCGAGGUUUGUGCUUCUCCCAAUUCUAUGCAGAUUGUACACAACCGUUGCGUUUUCUCCAACAAGCAAGUCAUCAAACUGCAAGAAACCCCUGAUCGUGUGCCUGAUGGUCAGACUCCCCACUCAGUCUCGUUAUGCGUGUACGACGACCUGGUAGACGUCUGCAAAGCUGGUGACAGAGUUGAGAUUACUGGUGUGUUCAAGUGCAACCAAGUUCGCAUCAACCCCCGCCAGAGAUCAGUCAAGAACAUCUUCAAGACAUAUAUCGACUGUGUCUUCAUCAAGAAGGUCGACAAGCGUCGCAUGGGUAUCGACAUCUCAACACUCGAGGAGGAGUUGUCAGAGCAAGCUUCUGGUGGUAAGGAAGAGGUCAGAAAGGUCAGCGCAGAGGAAGAGGCAAAGAUUCUCGAGACUGGCGCUCGACCUGAUGUCUAUGACCUGCUAUCACGAUCCUUAGCCCCCAGCAUCUACGAAAUGGACGACGUGAAGAAGGGUAUCCUACUUCAACUCUUCGGUGGCACCAACAAGUCGUUCGAGAAGGGUGGUAGCCCUAAAUAUCGUGGCGACAUCAACGUCUUGCUUUGUGGUGAUCCCUCAACAGCAAAGUCGCAGAUCCUCUCCUACGUUCACAGAAUCGCACCGCGUGGUGUCUACACCAGUGGUAAGGGUUCGUCCGCUGUUGGUCUGACCGCCUAUGUCACUCGUGACCCCGAGACACGGACACUUGUCCUGGAGUCUGGUGCUCUUGUUCUGUCAGAUGGUGGUGUCUGCUGUAUUGAUGAAUUCGACAAGAUGAAUGACUCGACACGAUCAGUUCUGCACGAAGUCAUGGAACAGCAGACUGUCUCUAUCGCAAAGGCUGGUAUCAUCACCACCCUCAAUGCAAGAACCAGUAUUCUAGCAUCUGCCAAUCCUAUUGGCAGUAAGUACAACCCGAACUUGCCUGUGCCGCAGAACAUCGAUCUGCCACCUACACUGCUUUCACGUUUCGACUUGGUGUACCUCGUGCUUGACCGCAUCGACGAGAUGAAUGACCGUCGCAUGGCGAAGCACUUGGUCGGCAUGUACCUCGACGACGCCCCCGAGAACGCCAGUGCAAAUGAGAUUCUCAUCUCAGAAGAGGCAUCAAAAGCUUUGGUAGAUGCCUACGUCUCUAUGCGCGGUCUCGGUGCCGACGUGCGCGCCGCAGACCGCCGUAUCACAGCCACAACCCGUCAACUGGAAUCCAUGAUCCGCUUGGCCGAAGCACAUGCAAAGAUGCACCUGCGUAGUGAAGUCCUCGCUGACGAUGUACACGAAGCUGUUCGCCUCAUUCAAUCAGCACUCAAGCAAUCAGCCACAGACGCAAGGACUGGAUUGAUCGAUAUGGGUCUGUUGACCGAAGGCACCAGUGCUUCUGAAAGAAAACGCAAGAGUGAUCUCAAGGAUGCGGUGCUCAGUGCUGUGGACGAUAUGCUCAGGAGUGGCACUUCGAGUGUUAGAGUUCAAGAUGUGUUGAGACGUGUAGGCGAGGAUUCGACUGUUCCUGUCGAGUCUGUCGAGUUGGCUGAGGCGUUGCGCGCUCUUGAGGGAGAAGGCAAGUUGUUGAUCUCGGGAGAGGGACAGAGACGUAGUGUCAGAAGGGUCACUGGUAUGGCUUGA